AUGCCUGGACGUACAAGGCCAAUCGAUAAGCUCGCCUCUGCAGUGGGGAAGUGUUCGACAGAGAGCGCCGUGUAUGGCAAAUGCAUAUUCGCGGACUACAACAAUGUGCACAAGGACAUGUGUGCGAAGGAAUUUAUGAAGCUGAAGGACUGCUAUUUAAAGGCAUACAAGACACGGUGA